AGACAUACCCAGAGGAGAGCAGGACACAGUCACACAAGCUGGCAAGCACUCUCCUCCAGAGACAGGCGCUUUCCAGAGCACAAACAUCCUCUCAUUCACACACACACACACACACGCGCGCGCGCACACACACACACACACGCGCGCGCACACACACACGCUCCCUCUCCCACAUGCACUCGCUCACACAUCACAGGUGUGUCUGAAGAGUCAACAUGGGAUUAGCGAUGGGAACGUUCUCCACGCAGACCAAACAGGUGAACUAUCGCAGAGAUAAAUGUGAUGAUGAUCUGGAGAUGACCAUGGUCUGCCACCGGCCCGAGGGCCUGGACCAGAUGGAGUCCCAGACCAACUUCAACAAGAGGGAGCUGCAGGUGCUCUACCGCGGCUUCAAGAACGAGUGCCCCAGUGGAAUUGUCAAUGAAGACACUUUUAAACAGAUAUACUCCCAGUUUUUUCCACAUGGAGAUGCCAGCACGUACGCACAUUAUCUAUUCAACGCCUUUGACUCGGAGCACAAUGGAUCCAUCAAAUUCGAGGACUUUGUAACGGCUCUGUCUAUUUUGCUGAGAGGGUCGACGAGAGAGAAACUACAGUGGACGUUCAACUUGUACGACAUCAAUAAAGAUGGCUACAUAAACAAAGAGGAGAUGAUGGACAUCGUCAGAGCCAUCUAUGCCAUGAUGGGGAAAUACACAUACCCUGCACUGAAGACAGACACCCCCAGACAACAUGUGGAUGCUUUCUUCCAGAAGAUGGACAAAAAUAGAGAUGGGGUGGUCACAUUGGACGAGUUCAUUCUCUCGUGCCAAGAGGAUGAAAACAUCAUGGACUCAUUACAGCUAUUUGAGAAUGUAAUAUAAACAAAAAGAGGCACGGCGGAACAGAGAAACAGGAGUGGCAGGAGCACACAGAUAGAAGAAUUCAAAAUGAGAUCAGAUGGUCGAACAACAAGCUGUGACAGAGAAAAUUGACUCUGCUUGGCUGUCUUUCAACGGUGUCACUAACAUCCCUGGCACAACACACAACCACAUUACCAUGGCAACAGUGAAGGGUGCAGGCCCAACCUUUAUCAGCCCUGACCUUGACCCCCUCGUUCCUUCAAGCCUCUAAACCUGGUGUUUCAAUUGGUCGUUUGCUGUGUAGUUGUUCUUUCACGUUAUGCAACAGGGAACGUCAUAGAUGCCUUUCCACCGCAGACCCGAAUGGUUUUGAUCAUGGAAGUGAACUAUUGCAGGCUAAUGUCAUAAUAACGUUAUCACGCCGACACGCUUGCGCACAGCACUGCAGGAUUGAUUACUGUUCUCUCAUUAGAGUAAUUGUGUGUUGCAUGAUUUUAAUGACGUUGGUUUUCACAGAUUACCUGCUUCGUCCCGUGGUUAGCGUUCUUUCAAACACAACUAAACUCCAGCUAAUCGUGUCUGGCCUAGUCCAAAUCCUCCCAGUCCUUGAUUAACAUAGAGACUUAAGACAGCUGCCGCAGAUCUAUUACAUGCAGGUCAAACCACCACUGACCUGGCAUUCAGUAUUUCCUAUUAUCGUUGCACUACUCCCUCAUGUUCCUACUUUAGCAGCACGACAUGGAAAGGGCCUGUGAGUCCGCUUUGGCACGAUAACCGCUCGGUUCUACGGUGGAAAGACAGUUUCUCAUUAGGACACAACAAUGGUUUGUCUGGAAUUUUUUUUAUAUCCUACCUGUAUUGGAGACAAUCAUAUACCACUCUUUACAUGCAGAUUAAUUGAAUUUGAUGUGACCCAAACAGUACCGAACCUGUAGGGCUACUGCCUUCUCUUCGUCAGUGUGUCCUCUGCUCCAAGAUUGAAACCACUCCUACGGUCCAGUUGCAACGUCCCGUGUAAAUAUUGCCCCCCCCCCCCUCCCUAUUUCUUGACCAUGUUCAGUGUGUGUCCUAAUUAUUAGAUGUGUCUCUGCUGCAGUGUGUAUCUGCUGUUGGCCUGUGCUUGUAGUUGUGACAUUUGCCUUGGAUUUAAAACCUUGGAUUCUUCGUCUGAUAUCCGUCAGCCUGUCUCUGUAUUGGUCUGUUAGUCUGUCUGUCUUAGUUUACAGGAGAGAACUGCACUGGGCCAG